AUGCAUCUCAUAAGCUGGGAAAGCAUUGACGGGGAUGCCGAUCAGAUCAAGAUACGACUACAGAGAGACACCUUUGUUUCCGACUACGCCAUCCUUUCUCACAGAUGGGGCAAGCCCGAAGACGAAGUGUCCUACGAAGACAUGUUGGCCGGCGGAUAUGAACACAAACAGGGCUAUGCGAAACUUGUGGGCUGCUGCAAACAAGCACGCAGAGAUGGAUUGCAUCAUGUUUGGGUUGAUACGUGUUGCAUCAACAAGUCCAGCAGUGCUGAACUUUCUGAGGCCAUUACCUCCAUGUUUGCUUAUUACGAACGAGCCAAAGUCUGCUACGCUUUUCUCGACGAUGUUUCUUUCGAGCCCGGAUACGACACCGGGCGUUCUUUUGCGCAAAGCGCCUGGUUUACUCGAGGAUGGACUCUACAAGAACUCAUAGCGCCGAAACACGUCAAGUUCUUCGAUCAGUCAUGGUACUUCUUGGGAUAUAAAACCGACAAACGCCUUUUGUCCACCAUAGAAAACGUGACCAACGUGGAUUCGAUCGUACUGAAUGUCCCUGCCACGACAAAGGUGAUGAGUAUCGCCAAGAAAAUGUCAUGGGCUUCUCGGAGACAGACGACUCGGGUCGAGGACAUGGCUUAUUCUUUGAUGGGCAUCUUUGGCGUGUACAUGCCCCCGUUAUAUGGGGAAGGCACACAUGCCUUUAUCCGCCUUCAAGAGGCCAUCAUGAAAACGUCAAACGAUCAAACAAUUUUUGCCUGGACAUCUCCGCCUGCCGGUCCCCUUAGCUAUGGUUUCGAACACGUUUCGACCAUGCUAGCAUUGUCUCCUCGCCAGUUUGAAGAUUCAUCCAACUUCGAGCCACUCUCUCAUGGAGAGCACAACAAAUUUUUGGCAAUGGGCGGGUGCAAGCUGGACUACGCUACGACAAACUCUGGAUUGGCAAUCCGUCUACCUUUGUUCAGGAUCCAUGCGGUCGAGGGGCUAUACGCCGCCUUUCUCGCAUGCACCGAGAGUAAAGGUCGAGUCCCAUCGGCAAUCCUACUGAGAACCAGCACGGACAUGCCACCCGGUCACUUCUGGAGGACAAACUCGAGCAAUGGACCCAUCGAGCGCAGUCUGCAACCGUGGUUUGAAGUCUCUGGCCGAGAGGCUAUUGUCACACAAGAUAUCUACGUCUUGCCGAGGUUCACGUCAGUGUCUGAGCAAAAGAUCGAGCCUCCGUGGGAGAGAGUCGACAUGAAAGGGGUUGGAAGCGAGGUUGGGGUCAGCCUCGUCGCAACCCAAGUACUGGACCGCGUGCAGCAUGUCCCGGACCCUGGCAUCAAUGAACUCACAUUCCUACACCAGGCUCAUCAAAUGAUCCACACACGACAGGCCGAUAAACUGGUUGACCGGUUCAAGCUUCGUCUGCGGUUUUCGUUGGCGACAUUACCGGCACGCAACAGGUUCUUCUACGGUCGUGCAAAUGUCUUGCAGAACCUCACAGACACAUUCUUCCCAUCUGAGAGAAUUGUCAGAACAGGUCCAACUGUGUGUACUCUCUCAGGGAUGGGAGGCAUUGGAAAGACACAAAUUGCCAUCGAGUUUAGUCAUCAUUGUGUUCAACAUCACAUUUUUGACACAGUAGUAUGGAUCCGAGCUGACUCUUACACAUCAUUGAUCAAGAGCUUUUCGGCAAUAACUUCCAAAUUCAGUCUCGUACGACCAGGAUCUUCGGAUGAAGCAAUCAUCGAGGCUGUCAAACUGUGGCUAUCCAACCUAAACCCGAGCACGGAUGUCCUAAGCACCAUGACUCACUCGGACGACUGGCUGCUCGUUUUUGACAACGUUGACGAUGCAUCGUUGCUUACGCCUUUCUUGCCGUCGACUGGAACCGGCUGUGUGCUAGUCACUAGCCGAGAUCCCGGCCUAUGGUUCACGAUUGGAUCUGAUAAUGUUGCCGUUGAGCCGCUCACAAAUCAAGAGUCAUCAGGAUUUCUCAGAAGCCUCACGAGGAUUGAUGGGGAUUUUACAGACAUCAGCAAAGGUCUUGGAGGGCUCCCACUUGCACUAUCACAAGCUGCUGCGGUUAUUGUCAGACGUGGAUUAUCCCUGGACGAAUUCGCCCGUCUGUUUAACCAAGCCGAGACCGACAAUCAGCCCGAACAGUUUGACAGCCAAGAUACUCUAUCUUUGUGCUGGGAAAGCGCUUUCAGCGACAUGUCUUCUUCGAGCCUCGCAGUCCUGCAAGUCAUCUCAUAUUUGGACCCUGAUUUCAUCGAGGAUUCAAUCUUAGUUGCAUCAUCGACGAUGCCGCUGGCCGAUUUCCCCAUGAGCGAGGUUGACCUGGUUGAGUGUCGAGAAGAGUUGCUCCGAAGAUCCUUAUUGAAGAGAUCCGCUACUCGCGAUGGAGUCCAAGCCCAUAGGCUCAUCCAACGAGCCGUCAGACAAGCGAUGGAUCCUGAAGAACGAAAAAGGGCCCUGUCAACCGCGGUAGAAUUGGUGUCUUCUUCUUGGGCUCGUCUCUGUUCCGAGCAGCCGCGCGCCCGGAAGGCUCGGGAGAAGCUUAUACCUCACGUGCUUCAUCAACAGGCCUAUGACACCGAUAUGGCAGAUUUGGACAAUGGUCUUUGUACCAAGAGGAAGUUCUUGGAGAUUUUGGAAGAGAUUGAGGUUUGGCUGGUAAAUGACCUGGCUCAGUAUUCGACUCCAUCAAAAGGGCAUACCACAAGUACCCAGACAAAGGUUCUUGGGAUAAGUGAAUGA